AUGAUAAAUAUACUCUCCUAUAUUGGAAUGAGCCUGCAGUCCGAAGUAUGCCUGUGGACGGUUCUUGGGAUUUUGCGGACAAUUUUCGACGCUACGCUAUUUCAAGUGAACGCUAAUCUUAAACAGGUAUGGCACAUGAAAAUGCCAGAAGAAUUGUCCCUAUCCGUCCAACGAGUUCUAAGAACUACUAUUUCUGGCGUUAUGCUCGUGGAAUGUUUCACAUUAUACGUCUAUCUGGCGUCAUAUAUUGUUCUUCUAUAUCCAGUUUUUUUGGAGGAACGGUCUACUCUCGUGCUACCUUGGCUCCUUCUAGCCGCAGUAAGAAAUUUUCUUUGCCAGUUGACUAGCUUGGCGUUAGGUCUAGGAACAUGUGUUCUACUGGGACCGGCAAGGCCGCCUUGUGUUAAGUUCGUCAUAAUGAAACUCGUCUCAAUUAUGCCGGCGUUUUACAUGUGGAUGCUCAUAUUUAAUUACUACCAGUAUCUUAAAAUGGCACCCGCUUUCAAAACGUUUCCUGCGUUAUUACCACCAAAAGAUUUGGACUACGGAUUAGAACUUGCUGUACGUAGACGUCGAACUAAAUCGUUGCAAGGCGAAGAUCAAUUACGAAAGAAACUUAUUGCGAACUUUUAUGGAGAACCAGCAACGUCAAUUAAGAGGGUAGUCACACAAUCACUAACAAAAAUAAGCGAAAUAAGUAGAGAUCCUUCAAUCUCGACUAAUGACGCUUUAAAUGUUGGCUUAGAUACUCUGUAUCCCUUGUCCGUUAAUUCUAACAGAACAAUGUCGGAUAUAGGUACAUACGAAGACUGGUUUGGUAGCGAAGUUAUUGUACCGCGCGAUACCGACCGCAUACUUGAACAAUUUGUAUUAAUGUUGUUACGAAUAGGAGUAUUUAUGAAAAAAGAAUGUACUGAUCCAGUAAAAUUUCUAUCAAAUUCACAAGCGUUUUUGCCACAACAGAGCAAAAUUGAAUGUCCUGCUAUAUCUACCGAAGAAACAGAAACACCACCUCUUGUAGGCAAUAGUAAAGGUAAAACGGCAUCUUAUUUACGUGACUAUCCGCAAAUAUUUAUGAAAAAGCCUUCGGAUUUAUUUGGAUCGCUUCAUUCACCAGAAAUUAGAGCUCAGAAUAGUAGUAUUCACAACAAUACUGAGAGUCUUCCAUCUUCAGAAACAACUAAAGAAAUUUCGUUAGAUACCGUGAGCCUUGAACAAGAGAACAGAAACACAAUACAGUUUUCAGAUGCAAAGAACAGCAAAAUACACGUACAUUCUCAGAAUGACGCUGUAAAUUAUUUCCACAAAACUGAGAAUAUAAAACAAGUAGAAAAUAUUGAUAAUAGAGAACCGGAACCAAAUAAUUUGAAACAGCAAUCAGCGGAGAGUAUUGAAAGUAUCAUCAAUAGAAUGAAGGUGCGAGCUGCUCGUAAUGAAAUAUCUAUAAACGAUGACAAGGAAAAUAAUUUAAAUAUUGGGUUUGUUGAUCGUAUUAAAAACAACGACAGUGUUAAUCUUCCGAUAAAAUCAAGUAAACAAGCAGAAAAUAUCUUGUUGCUAAACAAAAAGUCUAAAGUAUCAAACAAAGAUUUUUCGGGUGAAAAAAAUAAUAAAAAAAAGUGA